UCUAUUACAUUGUCACGAAUAGGAAUUUUUACGUCAAGGUCGUCGGACGGCCACCGGCGGAAAGAUAUCCGCAAGUUUAUUUCGAGACUGAAGAGAGAGAGAGAGAGAGAGAGAGGAGCGAUGACAUCUGAAACAUCUUCUUCAUCGUAUCCCAGUGCUGCGAGAUUAGCUGAUUCUAUGUGCUACCCUCAAUACACUGCUUCUCUAAAAUGCCUAGAAGUGUUCAGAGAAGACAAGAGUAAAUGUCAAGAACACUUCGACACUUACAAAGAAUGCAAGAAAAAAGAGGUAUUUAAUCCUUUUGCUCAUCCCUCUUAUUUGUGGUUCAUGUAUUUAUUUUGUUACAUUGAAGUGUGAUGAAUCUGUAUGAUAAAUCUGGAUGACAAAAAGUUGAACCAGGAUGCUGGUAUUGGGUGGGAUAUAAUCUGAUUGCCAUGCUGCUUUUCUGGGUGUGGGACUAUAUGUUUGAGUGGCUGAUUACUAUCGUUUUUUUGCUAUUAUGGUAUGCCUUACGACUUGGUGUUCCCAUUCCCCCUAGGUGUUUUUUUGGUGGUUUUUAGAUGUUCUAAUGAUUUUAAGGAGUAGAUUUUCGAUCCCCAAGUUGCACAAGUGUUCUAUGAAAGCUCUAAGACACUUAUGCAUGCAUUUUAUUCUUUUUAAUUCUCUGCUAUUUAGAAAUAAUAUUAAAUAAAAUAGUUGAAUUAGGGCUCUUUUUUGAAACUGCAAUAUUGUAAUAUGUACUAUAUUUUUUUUUUAAAUUGUGUUAGUUUUUCUUGAAGAAGUAUCAGAAUAGCACCAAAUAAGCAAACAAACUAAUGUAGGAUAUUAACUUCUUGAAUGCAUUUUAUAUUUCUAUUGAAUUAGUAGAAAACUCUAAUCAAUUGUAUCAGUGUGGUGUUUUCUUUUCUUUUUAAUUUCUUUUUAUUCCACAGAGGGAAGCUCGAUUGGAACGUAAUAGGAAUCGGUCCUUAUUUUCAUGAGAAUUUCCUUGGAGAACUGCUGCUAGUCGUGAAAUGCUUGCUAAAGUUUAAAUUAUAGAGGUCAUAGGGAAUGCCGAUUAGUCCUCUUUUGCUUAAUAUUAAUAAAAUCCUGCUCAAAUCACAAAAUGGAGUUCGAUAUCUUAAUCAAUUUCAGUUUUGUAGUGUAGGCGACUCUCAUUGUUCCAUUCUCUUUUUGCUCCCGUUUCUAAUCAUAUUGUAUUGGUUCAAUGAGCUGAAUUAAGGCUUCUGGUUUGAGAUGUUUCUUAAGCUCAAGUCUGAUUAAAUCAUGAUUUUAAAAUUCAGACCAAAUGAAAUCACUAUGAUUUGAUUUGGUGUGUCAA